UAAUUUUCCUCCACCAUUUUCCUCCACCAAAUUCAUAAUUUGAUCAAUUAACCCCCCAAAACGCAAAAUUAAAAAAAAAACAACAUUCUAAGUUGAUAAUGCUUGAUAUGGAGAAUAAAGGUGACGCUUCUGCUGCUAUCAUCUCUGCAUCAUCAAACUCUUCUCAUCCCCCACCGCUUUCACCGCGGGUUGUGCUUAGCCCAUGCGCAGCUUGCAAAAUCCUGCGUCGACGUUGCGGAGAGAAAUGCGUUUUGGCACCGUACUUCCCUCCAACGGAGCCGGCCAAGUUCACCAUCGCCCACCGCGUCUUUGGUGCCAGCAACAUCAUUAAGUUCUUGCAGGAACUUCCAGAAUCACAAAGAACUGAUGCGGUGAACAGUAUGGUGUAUGAAGCCGGAGCUAGAAUUAGAGAUCCGGUUUAUGGAUGUGCAGGUGCCAUAUACCAUCUACAAAGACAAGUUAGUGAACUCCAAGCACAGCUUGCAAAAGCUCAAGUUGAGAUAGUGAAUAUGCAGUCUCAAAGAUCAAAUUUACUAGAACUGAUUCAUAAUUACAUGGACCAACCAAAACAAGAACAACAUUAUAUGUCGUUUGGGAGUUCCUUUGAAAAUUGUGAUGAGUUCAUAGGCAGCCCCGAUGAAGAGAGCAAUGAUUUUGGAUUCCUCAAAGACAACUCAAACACCAACCUAUCAAUGUUGUGGUGUGAUCCGUUUUGGAUAUGAUCAUAACUAUAAUUUUGAUUACUUCACUUCAAGGCCCUUUAGUAAUUCAGGGUUACGUAGUAUACACAUAUGUUAAAGACACUAGAAUGUAAUAUAUGGUGACAUUUUUG